AUUUUUUUUGUAACAUAACAUGUAUAACCUCCCUUUCUCAUCCUCCUCCUUGUUCAUUUCUUUCUUCAUUCUCUUCAAAUUCUCUACCGAAUGUAAGAGCUGCAUUCUUUUCUUCUCGACUGAGGUGACUGCCGAAAAUCAAACAGCAAUCACAUCUUUGUUCAAUGAGAUAAAUAAGAUUGUAAAGAAGAGGCUUCUAGAUUCCACAUUGAGUGGAGUUCAGAAAGUCUCUUCCUGCUUUGAAGGACAAAUCUCUUAGAUUUGCAAGUUAAAGCAAACAAUAUCUCAAACAAAGAUAGCUCUCACGCCAAUCUCAUUAAUGGAGAAUUGUAAACCCUUGACAACAUUUGUGCAGACAGACACAAACACCUUUCGAGAAAUUGUUCAAAGGUUAACAGGGCCGUCAGAGAGUGAUACAACGGCCGGGGUAGCAGCAGCUGUGAAUAUUCCAACCUCAAAGAAGUCGAAGCUCCAUGAAAGAAGACAGUGCAUGAGGCCAAAGUUGGAGAUAGUAAAACCUCCUCUGAGCUUCAAACCUAUGAGAUCACCAUCACCAAGAUCCAGCCUCCCAAGUCCAGUGGGCAUGCCAUCGGCAAUCUUCUCAAAGUUGACACUUCUGGAAGAUGAAAACAGAGAAGAAACAGCCAUCUGUGAAUUGAAUGCGGAAGAAGAAGAGAAAGCUGUUAAAGAAGGACGGUUUUAUCUGCAUCCUUCACCGCGGUCAAGACCAGGAUAUACAGAACCAGAAUUGCUUACUUUGUUUCCUCUGACAUCUCCAAGGACAAGUGAAAAACCAUGAUUUCUGACUAGGCAGCUUCUGCAGUGAUUGAGUUCGUGGUGGCCUGCACAGCAACAUAUGUAGAGAUUGUUUGAAGAUGUAUUCGGCGUUUUUUCAAAAUCUGGCAUCAUGUCGAAAGAAGAAAGAAAUGAAAGAGAAAAGAUGUACUUUGAUAAAUCAAAAUUCUGCUU